AUGGUUGACUUCUUUGAUCUGGACAAUUCAGAAUCUGUGAGAGUUGCGCAAUCUGUGGUGGAUGAUUAUUAUGAGCACACUCGCAAACAUGUCAGUCAUCAGAGUAGCCAGUUUAUCAAUAACCUGGUAGAACAAUUUGGUUGUUUGACGGAUAGCAAUAUAGAACCUUAUGUUACGGCAAGCAUCCAACCAUUCCCAGGACCAUCGGAGUUGC